AUGGAUACCAGAGUGAUUCUGGAUGAUGAUGCGGGCUCCCUGGUGGAGAGCGACGACGAAGAUAUACUGAGACAAACCUUCGCAAACCUGAUGAACAAGUUGGUGCGUCCGAAUGGAUCUGUUUCUAUGGGCGUGUACCAUGAUGCGCCUCUCCAAACAAACAUAUCGUGUCACAUCAAUUAUCCCAAGGGCUCCCCUCUCAAAAAGGCUCAAAUCGACCAUGAGUCGGUUCAGCAAGCUGAAUCGCAGCAGCAGCAUCUUCAGAAAUGGUUGAAUGAACAAUAUGCUGUCCAUCAAUCCAGUUUGCAAAGGCAGUUUGACGACUCGAGUUCUGCCAUAAGAGAAAUGUGGAAAGCUUCAGAGAACCUGAACGCAAGUCAGCCUGGAGGAACGAAUGAUGCUGAUCACGAGGAGGCGGAGCUGAUCUCAAUGUUUCAAACUGUCCGUGCUGAACUUCAUAAGAAUGUCAAGGAGUACAAUGACAAUGACAGGCAUAUGGAUAGAGGAAGAGGUUAUUCCCGUGGCUAUGCCAAUAUCCAUGUCGGUCAACAUGAUUUGGAAACGAAAUGCUUUACAGAACCGCACCUGACUCCGUCGGAUCGAAUCAGAAUCAUGUGUUUGCCACCUCAUUCCAAGCCUCUUCUGGGCAAUAGCGAAUCCAAGGGGGGCAGUGAAGAAUUUUCUAUCGGCGCCCUGUCCUUGGCAGCGACGACUUCCAGGGAGCAACUAAGAGCAUCAUAUUCGCAAGAUAUUCACAGUGACCAAGCCAAGAAGCAAGAUAUGUCUGUGAAGCACCAUGAAGCAGAGAAUCUAGCCAGCAAAUUCGAUCCAAGAUAUUGCAAUUGCAUCAAAGAAACACCGGUCGUCGAUGAAAACCUGAGCAAUACUCGAGAACGCUUUACAGAGCAAGACCAUCAGAGAAAGCGAAAUCAAAAUUCAGAAAAGAGAUCCUUUGGCGGAAGGCCCAAGACCGCUCCGAACAAGAGUGGAAGGCUUUAUGCUCAGAAAACGGGAGAAAAGCUUUCUGAGAAAGGUCGCAGCCAAGAUGGAAUUACUGUGUCUUUGUCCAAGCUGAAGAAUGACAUUGAGGUGCUACGCAAAGGCUACGAGAUGGGGAAAUCCAACAUGGAAUCCUUUCAGGAAUCUAGAGUGCAGAGAAAAGCUCAGCAACAGACUCUCGGUAAAAGUGCCAAGACUGUGAGCAAACCUGCUCGAGACACUGUGGCCCAGAACCCCAACCCGACCUGGACUCAAAAGUUGCGAGAAAUGGAUCGCAUGGCCCGAGACAUCGCGCCAAUUUUGGAGCUUUCGUCAAGAGUUCAAUCUCUCAAGUCUCAUGCCAAACAGCAUGGACCCAAGCCUUCAGCUAAGGAUGCAAGGCUGGUCAUGUCGAGCCCAGAAAAGGCAGAACUUGGCUCGCGACAAGCAUCGCAGUUGAACCAAUCCCGCAAGGAAGCAUGGGCGGAAUCGCAAGAGCCCAGUGCACGCUCGAAGGAUCUUGAGGUGGAGCAGCAGGUGGAGGGUCAGGACUUGCAGAUGAGCAACUCUCUGUAUGCCAAAGAAGAAGCGAUGGGCUUGCGACCCAAGAGCAGGAGGGGAAGGGGAAUCAGGUCUCGUGAGUACGAGGAGGAUGCUCACAGGAUGGCAGAAGAGGCCCCCAUGGUAUGCGACGACGAGGACAGCAGAGGAUCCCAAGAUAAAGGCAAGUACGAACCUGCAAUGGAACGGGUUGAGUACAAGGAGCCGGAUACCACAGCUGGUUCCUUCGUGUCGUUUGAUGAAGCCACUGGCGCCAGACCCAAGUCGCGACGGGGGCGCGGGAUGUACGUUCGCAGUCAGAAUAACUACAUGGGACUGACCGGCGGAGACAACCUUGUGGGCGAGGCCCCUCAGCUCGGCGACGAUGAAAGAAGCCACAUGACAGACUUGGCUCAGGUCCCCGAGGUCUCGAACGAGGACGACAACGCUGAUCAGGCUACAGCCGGCAGCGGGAGUGAUCAGUUCCUGCCCAAGAUUGAUGAAGCGAGAGGGGUGCGGCCACCUACAAGACGAGGAAGAGCGUCAGCGCGAGGACGAAGCUCUCAGCGGACGGAUGACGUGGAUGGGAGGCAAUACAGUGAGGCUGGAAACGAAAUAUUCUCAGACUGCACGACUCCUGAUGCUCCAGAAGAAGUGGACGCGAUGGUUGUUCCCCCAGGGGCUGAAGGGAUGGAAGACGGAGAGAACCAUCAGAAUCAUGUGCAUAACGGCGCGGAUGUUCUUUCCCAGGAACCCAAGUACGCUCUCGAUGAGACUCAGAAUGGUAAAGUGAAGCACGUCGCAAACGGGAGAGCGCAUGUUGUUAGAGAUCAGGCGCCGCAAUACGACUCGCUGGAUGAUGCGCUUUCGGAUGAAGUGAACCAGGAGAGGAAGGAGGCGAUGGCUGUCAACGGCGAUGAGUUGCACGUGGCGAAGACCAUCGCUGUGGAGGACCAUGUGCUGCGGAACAACACUGUUGUUGACCGCCUGGAGAUCAGUGACCUCGACCUAAACGAGGGGGCGGUUCAUGCUGAGAAUGGUGCCACGUCAUCCCACCGAGAGGACGCGCGACUGAACGGAACUCACAGAAACGACUUGUCACACUCAGAAGGCGGUCGAGAACACAUUGACGAGAGUCAUGCUGGGAUACAAGGGAUGUGGAGGAGACAGGAAGACAUCUUGAGGCUGAUGCAGGAGAAGCGAAAUGAGAUCAUUAUGCGAGCACAUCAGAUACGGCAUGAGAUGUACCAGGAGCCUUAG